UUGGAAAAGGAGGAGAGAGAGGAGAAAGGGGCUAAGGGGGGCAGUGGGAGCCACGGUCCAGAGUGCCAGGGACCGCGCCGGGCCAGCCGGACCCCCGGCGGGGCAGCCGGGAGAGGCCUGGCCCCGCCUUCGGCAGAGGCACUGCACCUUUUCCAGAUCCUUGAGAUUUGUCCACUGCUGCUGCCCGAGGCCGGAGGGAAUGCUGGCUGCUCUCUGGGUAGGCGCGGGUGCUCCUGAGCCACACUGGGAAGAACGGCGCGCCCAGCCCCAGCCCAGCCCUGGGCCCGUCAGACGCUGCAAGCAGAUAUCUGUCCAGAUUUCCACGCAGCCUCCACCCCCUCAGAGAUCGGUUUUCCUGCUUGUGGCAGCAGCUCACGAAAGACCGUGAGGGAGUACCCAUCAGUGCCUAACAAGAAGCCCGCUGCCUGGGACACCAGACAUACUCCCCCAGGACGCCUGGCCCUCCAAAGGGCCAAAGCAUGGUACCCUGAGACCUUGGCUUAGACCUAAAGGUUUCUGGCCUCUGCCCCGGACUCCCGAUCCCCAGAUCCCAGCCUAGGGACCACAAUGGGUCGUGAACAGGACCUGAUCCUCGCUGUCAAGAAUGGAGAUGUGACUGGGGUGCAGAAACUGGUGGCUAAAGUCAAGGCUGCAAAAACAAAGCUCCUUGGCUCCACGAAGAGACUCAACGUCAACUACCAGGAUGCUGAUGGAUUCUCUGCUCUCCACCAUGCCGCCUUGGGGGGCAGCCUGGAGCUCAUAGCCUUGCUGCUGGAGGCUCAGGCCACCGUGGACAUCAAAGACAGCAAUGGCAUGCGCCCCCUGCACUACGCAGCCUGGCAGGGCCGGCUGGAGCCGGUGAGGCUGCUGCUGCGGGCCUCAGCGGCCGUCAACGCCGCCUCGCUGGAUGGGCAGAUCCCACUGCAUCUGGCUGCCCAGUACGGACACUAUGAAGUGUCAGAAAUGCUCCUCCAGCAUCAGUCCAACCCGUGCCUGGUCAACAAGGCAAAGAAGACACCCCUGGAUCUGGCCUGCGAGUUUGGGCGGCUCAAGGUGGCCCAGCUGCUACUGAACAGUCACUUGUGCGUGGCGCUGCUGGAGGGUGAGGCCAAGGACCCGUGUGACCCCAACUACACCACGCCCCUGCACUUGGCUGCCAAGAAUGGCCACAGAGAGGUCAUCAGGCAGCUCCUGAGAGCUGGGAUCGAGAUCAACCGCCAGACCAAGACAGGCACGGCCCUCCACGAGGCAGCGCUGUAUGGCAAGACCGAGGUAGUCCGGCUGCUCCUGGAGGGCGGGGUGGAUGUGAACAUUCGGAACACGUACAACCAGACAGCACUGGACAUUGUGAAUCAGUUCACCACCUCCCAGGCCAGCCGAGAAAUCAAGCAGCUGCUGCGGGAGGCCUCGGGGAUCCUGAAGGUCCGAGCGCUCAAGGAUUUCUGGAACCUCCACGAUCCCACUGCUCUCAAUGUGCGGGCAGGGGAUGUCAUCACGGUGCUGGAGCAACAUCCCGACGGCCGCUGGAAGGGCCACAUCCACGAGAGCCAGAGGGGCACGGACCGUGUGGGCUACUUCCCCCCAGGCAUCGUGGAGGUGGUCAGCAAGCGAGUGGGCGUCCUUGCGCCCCGCCUCCCGUCGGUGCCCACCCCCCUCCGCCCAGGCUUCUCUCGGACACAGCAGCCCCCUGCCGAUGACCCCCUGCACUCUCUGACCUAUGGCCAGCUCCCGCGUGUGGGCCUCAGCCCAGACAGCCCAGCAGGUGACAGGAAUAGCGUGGGCAGCGAGGGCAGCGUGGGCAGCAUCCGCAGUGCCGGCAGCGGGCAGAGUUCCGAGGGCACCAACGGCCAUGGCACUGGCCUUCUUAUUGAGAACGCUCAGCCUCUGCCUUCCCCGGGAGAGGACCAGGUGUUGCCAGGACUGCACCCCCCAUCCCUGGCAGACAACCUGAAUCACCGCCCUCUGGUCAGCUACCACUCUGGGGAACAGCUCUUCACCCAGGACGUGAGGCCGGAGCAGCUGCUGGAGGGGAAGGACGCACAGGCCAUUCAUAACUGGCUGAGUGAGUUUCAGCUGGAAGGCUACACCGCCCACUUCCUGCAGGCUGGCUACGACGUGCCAACCAUCAGCCGCAUGACGCCUGAGGACCUGACGGCCAUCGGGGUGACCAAGCCUGGGCACAGGAAGAAGAUCGCCUCAGAGAUCGCUCAGCUCAGCAUCGCCGAGUGGCUGCCCAACUACAUCCCGGUGGACCUGUUGGAGUGGCUGUGCGCGCUGGGGCUGCCGCAGUACCACAAGCAGCUGGUCAGCAGUGGCUACGACUCCAUGGGGCUGGUGGCCGACCUCACCUGGGAGGAGCUGCAAGAGAUCGGGGUCAACAAGCUCGGUCAUCAGAAGAAGCUCAUGCUGGGAGUGAAGCGGCUGGCCGAGCUUCGGCGGGGCCUGCUGCAGGGGGAGGCCCCAGCGGAAGGUGGCCGCCGUCUAGCCAGAGGCCCAGAGCUGAUGGCCAUUGAGGGGCUGGAGAAUGGGGACGGUCCGGCUGCAGCUGGCCCACGCCUCCUCACCUUUCAGGGCAGUGAGCUGAGCCCAGAGCUACAGGCAGCCAUGGCUGGGGGUGGCCCUGAGCCGCUCCCCCUGCCCCCUGCCCGCUCUCCCAGCCAGGAGAGCAUUGGAGCACGCUCACGAGGGUCCGGUCACUCACAGGAACAGCCUGCGCCCCAGCCCAGUGGUGGAGACUCCAGCACCCCACAGGAGAGGAACCUUCCAGAGGGCACAGAACGACCCCCUAAGCUUUGUUCCCCACUUCCUGGCCAAGGCCCCCCCCCUUAUGUUUUUAUGUAUCCCCAGGGCUCACCCUCCAGCCCAGCCCCAGGGCCACCGCCUGGUGCACCUCGUGCCUUCUCCUACUUGGCUGGGCCCCCCGCCACUCCUCCGGACCCACCUCGGCCCAAGCGCCGGUCCCAUAGCCUAAGCCGCCCCGGCCCCACUGAGGGCGAAGCAGAGGGAGAGGCUGAAGGGCCAGUGGGCAGUGCCUUGGGGAGCUACGCCACCCUCACUCGGCGACCCGGACGCAGUGCCCUAGCUCGGACCAGCCCUAGCCCGACUCCCGCUCGAGGGGCUCCCCGCAGCCAGUCCUUUGCCCUUCGUGCCCGGCGCAAAGGCCCCCCACCCCCACCCCCUAAACGCCUCAGCUCUGUCUCUGGCCCCACCACCGAGCCGCCUCCACUAGAUGGAAGCCCGGGGCCCAAGGAGGGGGCCUCCGUGCCCCGAAGGCGAACGCUAAGUGAACCAACCGGCCCUUCAGAGCCCCCCAGCCCACCUGCCCCAGCUGGCCCUGUGUCGGACACAGAGGAGGAGGAGCCAGGACCUGAGGGGACACCCCCAUCUCGGGGCAGCUCAGGGGAAGGGCUCCCGUUUGCCGAGGAGGGGAACCUGACUAUCAAACAGCGGCCGAAGCCAGCUGGCCCCCCACCCCGGGAGACGCCUGUGCCCGCUGGCCUCGAUUUCAACCUCACAGAGUCAGACACUGUUAAGCGGAGGCCCAAAUGCCGGGAAAGAGAGCCGCUGCAGACGGCACUUCUGGCCUUCGGAGUGGCCAGUGCCACACCCAGCCCCUCUACCCCCCUGCCCUCCCAGCCCCCCAGUGAGGCCCCCUCCUCAGCUUCUCCCAGCCCUCCCCGGCCUGACCCUAGCAGCCUUCCAACUCAGGGAGCUCCAGCCCCUCUUUCUUCCGGCUCCCCAGCCCAGCCCCUUGCUCCCCCCUGCCCUGGGCCUGCUCUGGAAACCUCGGUGGGGAAUCGGCGGCACGGGGAGACUGAGCCCCCAGCUUCCCCCGCUGCCCUCAUCAAGGUGCCAGGUGCAGGAACAGCCCCCAAGCCUGUGUCUGUGGCCUGCACCCAGCUGGCAUUUUCCGGCCCUAAGCUGGCUCCUCGGCUUGGCCCCCGCCCCGUGCCCCCUCCCAGGCCCGAGAGCACUGGAGCCGUGGGCCCUGGCCGGGCCCAGCAGAGACUGGAACAGACCAGCUCAUCGCUGGCAGCUGCAUUACGGGCCGCAGAGAAGAGCAUUGGCACAGAGGAACGAGAAGGCCCUCCCGGCACCUCCACCAAGCACAUUCUGGACGACAUCAGCACCAUGUUUGAUGCCUUGGCCGACCAGCUGGAUGCCAUGCUGGACUGAGACCCUCUGGCGGCCUUCAGCGGUGCCCAUUGGGACCUGUGGCGUCUGUUGCCUUUGCCCCCAAGAAGGGUACCCCCUGCUGCUCCAAGCCAGUGGGGCCCGGCAGCACUGCAGCUCCAGGGGGCGGUCUCCAUGACAGGCUCAGGGGACUUGUCCGAACCGUGCCUGUCCACAGGGCGCCCUCCCACUGUGUAAUCUGACCAGACAGCCCUGCCCCUGGGGACAGGGACCCUGGUAAGAGCCUCCUCCGCUCUGCCACCACCUCUGGUGUCUCAAGACCCUGUGCCGAGGACCUACUGACACUGCUGUGCUGUGCCGUCCUGGCGCUCUGAAAGCUGUGUGUCUGACCCAGUUCCCACAGGGGUACACAGGACAUGUAAAUAGGCAGCUGGGGGCUUGCUGUCAGCGGUGAUGGCGGUGCCCAGGCCAGCCCCUGCCCCUGACCCUGUCUGCCCUCAGUGAGGCACAGCUGAUGGGCGUGGGGGCGGGGGGAUGAACAGAUCCCCAAAGUCCAAACUUUUUCAACUGUAAAUGUUAUUUUUUAAGCAGAGAGAAAUGCAUAUAUUUUAAAUGGAAUUUAUUCUAUCUAUAACCACCUGAGAGGACACAGGGGAAGGGGCUUCGGACCACAGCAAGAGUGCCCACUGUCCACCUCGGGGCUGGCAGCCUGAUCUGGAUUGGCCCAGGCCCUGGCUCUGUAACCAUUAACCUCUUCUCCCAACUAACACCAAUGAAAGUGUCAUUCCAUGUGA